UGGACUGAUGGGGUCGGGGAGGGUCCUGGGCUUUCUGUGGGGAUUGUGCCCCUUGGUGUGGGCAGAGACAGUGGUGAGACCCUCUGCCAGGCCCUGCUGACCUCCUGACAACUCCAGGUCCAAGUUCCUGAGCGACAGGUGGAUGCUGCAGAAGGGCUUCCUGAAGGAGGAGGACCUCACCAUGAAGAAGCCCUGGUGGUGGCACCUCAAAGUCCAGGAGCUGAGCCUGUCCACUCCGCUGACAGUGCUGCCCACGGUCACCUGCAAACACACCAUCGAGAUCCUCCGGGAGAAGGGCUUCGACCAGGUGCCCGUGGUCGAUGAAUCGGGGUCAGUCUCAGCCACACCCCAGGACAGGGCUGUCUGUCUGGCUGACCUCAGUCCCUCAGGGAUGUCCAGAGCGCCGGGCUGCCCACUGGACAUGUUCCUAAGCACUGGCUGGGUGGGGGGUGGCCAUGUUAACCCGUGUCCCACCCACUGCACUGGGCCGGGAGGAGACGCCUCAUAGCCCCCUGACUGACACUUGUCAAAUGGAAAUACCCAAAGGACUCAUUGGCUUACUGUCUGCCACUGGAUGGGCAGGUCCAGGGCAGGGCAUCUGAUCACUGUCAU